AUGGCGGCACCAAAUGCAAGCAACAGCGCGUCUGUGUUGAACGAGAAAACAGUGGAUCAACGAGAGUUCAAUGGAGCCACAGCAUCACACACAGAAGGCAUUGGUCUUGUCGAGGAAGCUAAACAUGCCUCUCAAUCGGAACAACAGAUGAGUUUGAGAAAAGCCAUCAAACUAUAUCCCCAGGCAAUAGGAUGGUCGGUUCUUCUGUCCUCCACUUUAAUCAUGGAAGGUUAUGACCUUGCUUUGCUUGGAGGCCUCUACGCGUCUCCACAGUUCAACAAGAAGUAUGGCGCGUUCAACGAAGUGACAGGCAAAUGGGCGAUUUCUGCAGCAUGGCAAUCUGGUCUGUCGAAUGGUGCUCGAGCCGGGGAGAUCUUCGGAUUGCUCUUUGCAGGCUGGGCUUCAGAUAAAUAUGGUUACAAAGUAACGACGAUUGGAUCUCUUAUCUUGAUGAUAUGCUUCAUCUUCGUCUUGUUUUUUGCGCCGAACCUGAAAGUUCUGGUCGUUGGAGAGAUUUUGUGCGGUAUCCCGUGGGGCGCGUUUCAAAGCGUGACGCCCGCUUAUGCAUCCGAAGUAGCUCCAACUGUCCUCCGACCAUAUUUGACAACCUUCAUCAACCUUUGCUGGGUCAUUGGACAAUUCUUUGCCCAGGCGGUGAAUCGAGGGUCCGUACAACGACCCGAUCAAUGGGCAUAUCGAAUUCCAUUCGCUGUCCAGUGGGUGUGGCCACUUCCCAUUCUCGCCGGGCUGAUCUUCGCUCCUGAAAGCCCCUGGUGGCAUGUUCGUCAUGGAAAUCGUGCGGCAGCUAAGCAGUCGCUGCUGAGAUUGACUUCCAGAAACCAGCCUAAUUUCAAUCCAGACGAGACUGUUGCUCUCAUUGAGCAUACUAACGAACUUGAGAGAUCUAUGCAGGAGGGUGUAUCGUACCGUGAUUGUUUUAAAGGCAUUGACUUAAGAAGAACUGAAGUUGUGGUCGGUAUUUGGCUUGUCCAAACUCUUGGUGGACAGAAUCUGAUGGGAUACUUCUCAUACUUCCUAGUACAAGCUGGACUCGAUCCCGUCAACUCCUUCUCCCUCUCCAUGGCAAACUCAGGUCUUGGGGCCGUGGGCACGAUAGGCUCCUGGUUCUUGAUUAGUCGAGUCGGUCGGCGCACAAUCCACUUCAGUGGACUUUGCUGCCAACUAACGAUUCUGAUUAUUGUCGGAUGCCUAUCCUUCGCACCAGCAAGUACCGGCAAGUGGGCAAUCGGUGGAAUGCUAAUUCUCUUCACCUUUGUCUACGAUUUCACUGUUGGUCCAGUGACAUACUCAUUGGUCUCCGAGCUGUCCUCAACGCGACUAAAAGCGAAGACAAUUGUGUUGGCGAGGGCGGCUUACAAUGCCAGCAACAUCUUCGUCAACGUCAUGACGAAUUAUCAACUGAGUUCGGCCGCAUGGAAUUGGAGCAGUCGCGCAGCAUUCUUCUGGGCUGGCACCUGCUUGAUCUCUGCUAUCUGGGUGUACUUCCGUCUUCCUGAGCCCAAGGGACGCACAUACGCUGAACUUGAUCUCCUAUUUGAGCAACGUGUUCCUGCUCGCAAGUUCGCUUCGACGAGAAUUGACCCCUAUGCUGAGACGUCAGCCAAAUCCCAUAAACAUUCUGUCGGAACGGACGAUGGUGAGGUAGUUGACGAGAAAUUGUGA